AUGUUUCCUAUUUUAGACCGCGUCUUUGGCAAGUGGGGGCGUUGGGUGUUGUUGUGUUUGGUCUUGGCGUCAUCUGUGCAUUUUCUUUUGCAUCUUUUACUGGUUCUAUCGAACGAUCCCCAUGGCCGUUCUCUCAAAGAGAACUUCAUCGACAGCGGCUACGGUUUUUUCUCCUACGAGGUGACUGACGAGAUAUGCAGCAACUCUGAGCUCACGGUUGCUCCUUCUGCGGUGCUGCAACAGGCGCACGAGCUGCUGUUGCAACACAAGAAACUGUCUCGGGUCCUACAAGGCAAGGAGGAGGGACAGGCCCCCUUAUCGCUACUUUCCGUGCAUUGGGUAGUUCGAUUUGCGCAACUGAACCCUCAGCGGCGGCAGAAUCUAGUGAAGCAACUGCGUCAUUUGGAGGAGUCAUUAAGUAGUACAGACACCCAAUCAUUGUCUUCACCCAAACUGCAAGAAGCCCUUGAACUGGAGUUAUCCCCUGAACUCAAGUCGUCAUUGUUGAUUUACGUCAAGUGCAAAAACAAAAAUGGAAGAAGCGUCUAUGAAGAACAAGCGGAAGCUGGAGGGGAUGGCCCCAAGGAGUUUUCUGUGGAGGCCCAUAAAGAAGCCCUGCAUGAAGAAGAUCGCCAAGGGGGCCCCCUAACAGUCUCUCAGGGGAGCCUCCUCUUGCACUCCUUAGGGGUCAAAACACAGAUGUUUUUGCCUAGUCGUUUUCUUGGAGACCCCAACCGCAUUUGUCAGGACUUUGAUACCCAUUUGAAUGAGAAGGGGAGAGAGAAAGUACAGUAUUUGAAGAAGCUGAUAUGCUCUCCUUCUCUCGAAACUGUACUGCAGCUGAUGCCUCUGCGGCUGCAGCACUGGUGGGGGCGCGUGCGUUGGCAGUACCACAUGGCAGAGUAUUUGCGCAAGUUGUUGACGGUCUUUUGGCCUCUAAAUCCUUACAUGCAUGCAUUCUACAGACAAGACAUGUUUGCGUUUCUUUCCCUUAUGAGCCCUUACCUGGAACUCGAACCCCCAGUCAAAAUAGACCCCAACUGUAGGCCACCCCCUGCUUACUGGGUCGUCCCCUUGACGCAGCAGCAGUGGGAAGAACGCCAGAAGCAGAAAAAAUUAAGUCACAAGAAACAAGACGCACUGCAGGAUAUGUGCAGUGCAAACGCAGCAGAGCAGGGAUCGUGUGUGCAGCAGCAACAGCAGCAACAAGGACAAAAACACCAGCAACAACAACAGCGGCAACAACAACCGCCUUCGAAUGUGUUUUCAAUUCCCGAAGAACACGACAACUACGUGCUCAUAGACGAGUACUGCAAACAGGCCAGAGAAGUUCACAAGGGCUUUUUCACAGGAAAACCUCGAAAGAAGCCGAUUAAAAUAGUCGAUACUGUUAUUUUAGGUUACGACCUGGACUUGUUAGAAGUUCGUUUCCACGAGUUGCACCACACAGUUGAUUACUUUGUGGUAUCGGAGGCUCACCACCACACGCUAGGAGUUUAUCAGAAGCCUUUGUUUUUCUCAAGAAACAAAGAACGAUACCGUUUAUUUCUUGAUAAAGUGGUGCAUUUGGCACAGCCAUACGACGCGUCGCUGCCUGUGGCCCAGAAAUGCAGCGAGGGGUUACUAAAACUCAACAAGGACGCAUGCUGGGAGUACGAGCUGUUUCAACGCGACAGUCUCCUCCACAUGAUCGCACAAGUUAAUGCUGGCACCCAAAACUACGGAAACACUCAUAUUCCAAAGGGUUUCCUGGACGACGAGACGCUCAUUAUUGCCAGUGAUGUUGAUGAAAUCCCCAUGGGCGACCGCCUGCGCCAUCUGAAGUUCUGCGAGCCUGUACCUCAGCAGCAAUUUGGAUGGGUGUUGGUUCAUUACCCCGGGAGAGUUGACGCAAUGGCAUUGAAAGAUUUCAAAGUUCAUUCAGGAAUUAAACAAACAAAAUACCCGCAUGCAAUUGGCCCCCUCGCAGACACCAUCCCUUACAAGUCUUUGCGCCACUUGGAAACAAAGGCCGAUUUCGUAUAUGACCGACAUGCGUACACCCGAAAAGGGCCUUCUGAGCUAUCGCCUCAGCUGUACUUGCAUGGGGGUUGGCACCUUUCUGACACCUCUUAUUUGCCAUAUUUAUUCGCAAAGAUCCCUUCCGAUGACAUAAAGCCUGGCUACGAGCCAUUCAAUCUUUAUUUGCCUCUUCUAUCACAAAGAGGAUUUUCCUCCUCUCCUGUAGGAGGGAUGUUGCAGUCUCAAGUUGCUGCUUGGAGGCACUUUCGAGACUAUAGACAAGUUGGCUCUCUAUGCGUGGAGGCCAAGGACUAUGAGCAUUUGCCUUCAAUCGCCCAUGUAUGCCCGUGA